AUGGCCCCCGACGACGCUGCGCAAAAGAAGCGCAAUCGCCUGCCCUUCAAACCACCGCGACAACAAUCCUCAACUGCGACAGGAGGCGUAUCCAAAACCACAAAGCCGAAAUCUACAUCUAGGAAAUCUACAUCAUCGACGACAACUCCUGGGCCCUCAGCGAGUCGACGAAAGUCAACAGCGACCAGCGCGAAAAAAUCAAAGGCCACAGUUGAAUCGGAGGACGAUAAUGAUGAUGAUGAUGAUGGGUCUUCAGAAGACGGGUCUGGGUCUGGCUCAGUGAAUGGAGAAAGGUCGCAAUCUCAAGAACCGGACUAUAUUCUAGCAGAGAUAGUUACGAAUGAGAAGUCUCGCGACAUCGAGUCUGGGGAGCCUGCUAUCCCACCGAAGCUUCUGACGAAACUCUUGCACCAUCAUUUCCAGAACCCAAAGACGAAGAUUGCCAAAGACGCAAACGAGGUGGUUGCAAAAUACAUUGAUAUAUUUGUUCGAGAAGCAUUGGCUCGAGCGGCGUAUGAGAGAACAGAGGGGAAUAAAGAUACGGGCGAUGGACGGCCGUCCAUAAUGGAUGGAUUCCUUGAGGUGGAGGAUCUAGAAAAAUUGGCGCCACAGAUGAUACUUGACUUUUGA